AUGGAGGCCACAGACGUUUCAAACAAGCAGGAUCCCCGCGAGACUGCCACCAUGUUCCGGCCUCCCGUGAACCGUGCUAUGCGCACACUCGAUCGGUCAUUUUUCCGGACAACCAUACCCCUCUCCGCCGCCCGCAUUUUCAAGCCCAGUGACAUUUCAAAUGUCCGCAAAGAGCUGGCCAAAUCCGAUCUUCUGGUGCUCCCACGCGUGAGCUCCGUGCGCGAAGUGAGAGAGCAGGAUGGCUCAGCCUGGAAGGCAUUGUUGCUGAAAGAGACUUUCAAAAUUGAUGGCAAGUCAUGGAUGGCACCAGACGAUGGGAUCCAUGAAUCGGGCCUUGUGGAAAAGGGCACUGUCAGCCUUGAGCCUUAUGACUUGACGCUUGAUUAUGGCCAUUGGACUUAUGCCGAGAUUAUUGCAUCAGUUCUUCCCGAAGAUCUGAUGGACGAUAUGCCUCAAGGCUUCACUCAGGUGGGACAUGUCUUGCACAUCAACCUCCGCGAGCGAUACCUCCCAUAUAAGCACAUGAUUGCUGAAAUUUUGAUGGAUAAAAACCCAACCAUUCGUACCGUUAUCAACAAGAUUGAGGAUGUUGGCUCAAAAAGCGUGUUCCGCACCUUCCCAUUCGAACUACUGGCCGGCGAGAACGAUUUGAAUGUGAUUCAGCAUGAGCAGGACUGUGAGUUCCGCUUCGACUACGCCCGUGUCUACUGGAACAGUCGCCUCGAGACUGAACACCGCCGCCUGGUCGACAAGUUCCGCCCCAGCGAGAUGGUUUGCGACGUGAUGGCUGGCGUCGGUCCGUUCGCUGUGCCAGCAGGCCGAAAGAAGAUCUUCGUGUGGGGAAAUGAUCUUAACCCUCACGGAUACGAGGUUAUGCAAGACGCCGUCGUGCGCAAUAAGGUGCAGGACUUUGUGACCCCAUCCAACAUGGACGGCCGGGAGUUCAUUCGAACUUCGGGGCAGAAGCUGCUAGACGCCGAGCCUCUCACCAUCACCAUUCAGCAGAAAGCCCACCGAGACAAGAAGCGCAAGCUCGAAAAUUCAGCACCUCCACCACCCCAAACAUAUACCCGCCCCAACGUUGUCGAUCACUAUGUUAUGAACCUGCCUGCUACAGCGAUCGAGUUCCUCGAUGCGUUCCCUGGGUUGUACGCAGGAAAAGAAGAGCUGUUCACCCCGUCUACGGGUCAGAAACUCCCCAUGAUCCAUGUCUAUUGUUUCUCGGGACAUUCUGAUAACGAAGUCGAUGAUCACAUUGACAUUUGCGAGAGAGUCUCUGAGCGCAUUGGAUACAAGAUUACCGUUGAUGAUUGCGUUGGAGGCAGUGGUGACCAAGAUGUCGAGCUUGCCAUUCACAAUGUCCGACUGGUCAGCCCCAAGAAGCAGAUGUUCUGUGCCAGCUUCCCUCCCCCUCCGACGCACCGCAAGCGCGCGCUCCCCCAAGGCGAACUCGAAGCCGCAUCUACGCUGAAGCUGGGUGCCGACCAACACACACACACGCUCUCACUAUCCGAAGCCCGACUCGUCAUCCACAAAGUCCUCGAGAACAAGCGCCGGGGAGGUAACAAGUACGAGGAGCCGGAAAACCUCAACAAGACGCUGUAUUACCUGGAUGUGUUCGCCCGGUUCAAGGAUGAGGAGAACAUCAAGGCCGUUGAGCGGCUCUUGAACUCGCAUACGGAACUGGAGAUGUUUGAACGGUCGCAGCUAGGGAGUCUGUGCUGCGACAAUGCCGAGGAGGCCAAGUCCCUGAUUCCCAGUCUCCAAAACAAGAUCUCGGACGGGGAUUUGCAGGAACUAUUGGAUGAGUUGACCAAGCUGCGUAACUUCACCGAAUAA